AUGGUUUCUAAUAGCGAUAACGCACUCACACACACGCACGCACGCACGCACGCACGCAAGGCCUUAAAACACAUUAUCAAAUAUGAAGCGCCUGUUGCUGCCGAGGAAAGAAAUAAAAUGCCGGAGGAAAAACUCAAGGAUUUAAGUUACGACGGAGGGUACGAAGAAGAUGGUUACGCGAAAAAAGGUCUCGGACAGUUGAUAGAUGGAUUGUACGGAGAAGAUGUUUUCGAAUUUCAAGAUGAAACGGAUGCAGGUAGCCGAUGGGUCGGUUGGUCAAACGAAUCACUUUCUGGACGCCCUCUGGACAUAACGUUCGAAUUUGAUUCCAUCAGAGAAUUUUCCUUUGCUCACAUAUACGUUAAUAACAUGUUCACCAAAAGUGUUCAGGUAUUUUCAUCGGCGUUGGUUUAUUUUAGUUUAGACGGGUCGAGAUAUCAACCGACACCCGUGAAAAUAAAUAUGGCGUCGGAUUUAUCACGUGAAUCCGCGAGAAACGUGAGCAUACCGUUGGAAAAUCGUAUGGGAAAAUUUAUUAAAUUUCAAUUUUUUUUCUCCGCACGUUGGAUUCUCAUAAGUGAAAUUUCUUUCGAAUCUGGUUCGAUUCAGGGUAAUGCAACUGAAGAAAGUCUCGAACAAUAUUUUCUACAACAAGACAGCAUAAUGGAAACCGUUUCGCAAACUCCCGGCGGAGAAACAACAAACGCAAGAAAAGAAAUAACGCCCGCGAAAAGUCCGACGACGAACACUCAAGCAUACAUUGGAUUGAUAACGGGUGUGUUGGCCGUCAUAGUAAUGCUACUCGUUUGCACGAUACUCGUCAUGGUGAGAAGAGGAAGGAAAAAAGUUGCUUUGCUACACAAGCACACGGCUCUAGUGUCGAGCAGCACGAAACCCGGCGUCACGAUAAACAUGAAAGAUUUAAAAAUGAACAUGGCGAUAUCGGGACCGAUAAUGAAUAACGGAUUAACGCGAUCGAGACUCACGUCGUCGAAAACGACGAGGGGACAUUGUAAAAAAACGAACGUGGAAAAGGGUAAAAGUGAUUCGGCCGGAAAUUACGUCACGGGAGAAGAAUCCGACAGUGAAAAUUCAUCCGUUUAUCACGAGCCUUAUAAAUUGUUACCAUCAUCUGGAAAACAGGAAUAUGGUUGUCUUAUUAAACGCGAUGCCUUGUCAUCUAGUAAAAGUGGAGAAUAUACAGAUUUUACAAGUGUCAAUAGCUUUCAAGACGAGAUAAAAUUUAGUCCGUCUUUUUUUAAUUUGGCGACAAAUUCGCUCAUACGACCGCCGCCCUACGACGUGGGAAAUUAUCAAACUCCGACGAAAAAUAAUCAUCAAUCAUUUUCGGAAAAUUAUUAUGCUGCCACGGAUAUCGUCAAGACGGAAACAAGACGUGAGCAGAAUUUCACUUUGGGUAAAUUGACUCCGAUAAAAAUUCCAGAAGGUUCCGCCCCGGAGGAUUCAGAAAUUCCCGAAUUUCCCAGACACAGACUAAGAGUCGUCGAAAAACUUGGAGAAGGAGGCUUUGGAAUGGUUCAUUUAUGCGAAGCAGAAGGAAUUUUCGACGUCAACAAUUUAACAACAACGUCACAUAAAAAACAAUUCGUCUUGAUAAAAUCAUUAUGGAGAGGAUCGAGCGAAAGCACAAAGAAAGACUUUUUACGAGAAUGCAAUUGGUUGGCGAGUUUAAAAGACGUCAAUUUGUGUCGCAUCGUCGGGAUUUGCAGUCUGGAAGAACCUUUUUACGUCAUUCAGGAAUACACGGAUCUUGGAGAUUUGACGCAAUUUUUGAGACUGGAAAAUUCAACCGAGGAAAACGGAAACGAUGACGCAGUGAGUUACGGUUGUUUGAUAUACAUGGCCACUCAAAUAGCGUCGGGUAUGAAAUAUUUAGAAUCGCUCGAAUUGACGCAUAGAGACUUGUCGGCGAGAAAUUGUCUCGUCGGUAAACAUUAUUCGAUAAAAAUAUCAGAUCACGCCAUUUACGCGAGCAAAUACAACAACGAUUAUUAUCAAGUCGACACGAAAGCGAGGCUACCCGUGAGGUGGAUGGCUUGGGAAUGUCUACUCCUGGGUAAGCAAAGUUCUAAAAGUGACGUUUGGUCAUUUGCCGUCACGCUGUGGGAAAUUCUUAUGCACUGCGACGAGCAACCUUUCGCCGAAUUAACAAACGAACAGGUAGUGGAAAAUUGUAAUCAUUUGUAUCAAAACAACGGACUCGUUAGAUAUUUGCCGAGGCCUUCCCUUUGCCCGCGCGAAAUAUAUGAUCUCAUGUGCGAAUGUUGGAAACGUCAAGCCGCGGAUAGGCCGCUUUUUAGCGAGAUUCACCUUUUUCUACAGCGUAAAAAUUUAGGUUACUUACCCGAAACUGGAUGA